GAAAACGUUGAUGUCAGUCGCCAUAAUGAGCGUUUGAUACCGAAAAUAUGAAGUGCACGGCGAACGACGAGCUCCGUUGAGUGUUUCCCGUGUGUUUUUAUCAGAUUUAGGAGAUCUGGGGCCAGCUGACUCGCGCCGGGGCGAUGAAGGGAGAGGCGGAAGUGAAGUCACUUGACAGACCGUCCAUGUUAUUAUUGUUAUUUUGGUAGCCCUGUGAUGAGACGGGCUGCGGAGCCGCUGGUCUCCGAGACGACGACCGUCAACGGCACCUUACCCUGCCCUACCGUACCGCAGGCCAGCGGUCCCGGUCCCCUACCACCGUACCGACACCGCCGCCGCCACCAGCAGCACCGCUGACCCGGAGAGAGGAGCCUCGCUGACGGCUGGGGGGGAGAGGAGGAGGAGGAGGAGGUGGAGGUGGUGGAGGAGGGUGUGAGGACCCAGCUCCGGCUCUGCUCCCCUAUUACUCUGACCGACCAAAAAUAAAACGGCGACAAAAACAAUAACGGCAUUUCGUCCAACGGCUCGACUGGUGUCUGCGCGGUGUGUAACCGGGGACGUGCCGCCGCAGACAUGAACGGUAUCACCAAGGGCCGGUUCGAGGUGUUCUCAAACAGCGAUGAAGCCCCCAUUAACAAGAAGCUCCCCAAAGAGCUUCUUCUUAGAAUAUUCUCCUACCUAGAUGUGGUUACCCUCUGUAGGUGUGCCCAAGUAUCCAAGGCGUGGAAUGUCCUGGCCUUAGACGGCAGCAACUGGCAGAAGAUCGACUUGUUCAACUUUCAGACAGACAUAGAGGGCCGGGUUGUGGAGAACAUUUCGAAGCGCUGUGGAGGCUUCCUGAGGCAGCUGAGCCUCAGGGGCUGCCUGAGCGUGGGAGAUGCCUCUAUGAAGACGUUUGCCCAGAACUGUAGAAACAUCGAAGUUUUGAACCUGAACGGCUGCACCAAGAUCACAGACAGCACCUGCCUCAGCCUCAGCAAGUUCUGCUCCAAACUCAAACACCUAGAUCUCACUUCCUGUGUGUCCAUCAGCAACCACUCUCUCAAGGCCCUCAGUGAUGGCUGCAGAAUGUUGGAGAUGUUGAACCUGUCGUGGUGUGACCAAAUUACACGUGAUGGCAUCGAGGCCCUGGCCAGAGGCUGCACUGGUUUACGAGCGUUGUUCCUCAGAGGCUGCACACAGCUGGAUGAUGGAGCAUUGAAGCACCUUCAGAAACACUGCCCAGAACUCACCACCAUCAAUAUGCAGUCUUGCACACAAAUAACAGAUGAAGGCCUGGUCAGCCUGUGCCGGGGCUGCCACAAACUCCAGAUUCUCUGCGUGUCUGGCUGCAGUAACAUCACUGAUGCCUCCCUCACUGCACUGGGACUCAACUGUCCCCGACUUAAGAUCCUUGAAGCUGCACGAUGUUCCCAUGUCACAGAUGCUGGGUUCACUGUGUUGGCUAGGAAUUGUCAUGAGCUUGAAAAAAUGGACUUGGAAGAAUGUAUAUUGGUGACAGAUAAUACCUUGGUUCAGCUGUCUAUCCACUGCCCUCGCCUGCAAGCACUGUCCUUGUCCCACUGCGAGCUGAUCACAGACGAUGGCAUCAGAGCUCUGAGCAGCAGCACCUGUGGCCAAGAGCGCCUCACUGUGGUGGAGCUGGACAACUGCCCACUCAUCACUGACGUGACCCUGGAGCACCUAAAGAGCUGCCAUCGUCUGGAGCGCAUUGAGCUCUACGACUGUCAGCAAGUCACAAGAGCUGGCAUCAAACGCAUUCGGGCCCACCUCCCAGAGAUCAAAGUCCACGCCUACUUUGCCCCAGUGACACCCCCUCCCUCUGUACAUGGAGGUGGCCAGCGUCUGUGCCGCUGCUGCAUCAUCCUCUGACAGUGGAGGGCCAGGGGGGGCCACCUCUGUCUACAGGUCCUGCUGCUCUGAAAAAAUGGGGGAGGGGGGCUGGGGGUAAAAUGUGGGGGAGAGGAGGGGCUGGACCCACUCACUGCUCCUGAUCAACACACAGCCUGAUUGGCCGUGAUUUCCAAUCAGUCGAACCCGCCCCUCCUCUUCUCUCCUCUUACUUCACUGAUCAGCGUUUGCAGCAGCCCCAGGUUGGGGGUCACGGAGGGUUUGGGUAGAAGGAACACAGAUGGAUGGAUUUUUCUCUCUCUAUCUCUCUUUUUCUUCUGUCUCAUUCUCUGUAAACACUGUAAGGACAAAAACAGACUCUCCACUCCAUUCUGCUCCUUACACUCCUGCCUCCCCACCUGUGGGCCGACAGGUCUGCAUCUGGCCGGCUGGAGAUGGGGGGGAGUGUCUGAACGGUGGAACUACAAUGCAUCAAGAUCAAACUAAAAGAAAAAAAAUGAUGAAAUCGUCAUUUGGACAACAGUUCACUCUCUGUGGAGUAUCAUCUCAACCAAUCACAUGACACCUCUACAGUAUGUGGCCAUCCUGUGAUUUCAUUCUGCUUUGACCAAUAAACACGCAGCAUGGAGGAAGAGGAGAGCUGGGAAAACACAGAUCUUCUCAGAUAACAGCAAAGCUUUGGCUUGGCCAGCUCAAACCUCUUGUGUAUAAGAGGGGGGAAAAAAACAGGAAAUACAUAGGACAUGUGACAUAUUUGUGCAUCUGAGAAACUUAUGUUGAGAUUUUCAUUAUGUUUGUACAGAGAAUGUUUUGCAAUGGAAAAAAGAAUUACACUUACGGCUUCUCACUCAAGAAUGGGAUAGGCCAAGAAAAAAUUUUGUUUUAUUUUCUUUCUUUUUUUCAGUGCUUAUUGUAAUUGUCCAUGCCUGUCUAUACAGAGAGGGAGAUAUAUUUGUCUUUCUUUUUGAAAUAGAACCAGAAAAAACUGUUGCUGUCGACAAAAUGGACCUAUGUUUCAGACCCUCGACAUCUGAAAGCAUUACGUUGACUUCGUUUGCUACUGGGAUAGAGUGGCCUCUCUGUACUGCGUGGUUAUGUUGGCUCGUAGGCCUGGAUCCAAUCCUGUCAGUAGCCCUGUGCACUAGCUCCUACUUGACCACUUAGGCAUUUGUUUACAUCCUGGAUUAGGUUAGCGCUGCAGACAAACUUGUUUACAUUGGUAGGUUUCCAGUCUCCCUACUGUUCUGACAUAGGUUUAGUAAUGAUGAAACUGUGUUCUGCCCACAGGUUUCACUGGAGUGUAAUGUCAGUGACUUAAAUUUAUGCUGUGUGUACUUGGAUAUCAAUCAGGGCUAAUGUUGGUGCAACUUAACUUAUAAGUGAAAUUGUUUUUUGCUUAAAGCUAAGACAGUUGAUAUGAGAAUCUGAGCAAAAAGCACCUCUACUUGUUGACAAUCACAUGACUUUAAGUAUUUAAAAUAUUUGGAAUUCAUUUAGUUUCAUGCAAAUGGCAAUUUAUUAAUGAUGAUGGGAUGUGUUUUUGAAAAUUGUUUUUUUUCAUAGACUCCUUCCACUUUAUGCCCCUAAAACACAUUUGGAUUUCAAAAUAGUAUAAUGCAUUUCCAUUGAGAGACACCUGUCUCCUGCAUAUACAUACUGAUUAGGAACAUUUUGUUCUACAGAACAUCUGUUAUAAGAAGGGUAUGUUAGUAAGUAAUUAGUGAUCAAAACACCAGAACCAAUGAUUUAUUUCACAUGACACUCCUACCAAGCAGGAAUUCAAUAUUAUCUGUUUUGUACAAGGCGUGAUAUACCACCUCUUGAAGCACUGAAUAUGUAAUGGACAUUUAAGCAGCUAUCAGUAUUGAAUAACCAGAGACUGGCAAGUGCUGUGUAAUGCCUAGUGCUCAAUGACUGGGGACAUGCGCAGGACUAUGGAUAGGACUGAAACAAGGAGAGCAAGACUCAAAUGGGCACAGAUGGGUAGCUGACUGGCUGUGAUACUAAUGCCCUCUCUUUGACAGCUAUUUUAACAGUUUUAUGUUUAAGAAAAAUAAAGAAAUACAUGAAAAAAAAUAAACAAAUGAAAUAAAUAAAAGUAACUAAUAGUAAAUGUG